UUGACACAAAGAACCAGAGCAGCAAAGGUGGGGCAGUGUGAGGGAAGAAUGCGCUGAUCAAGUUGGGGCUAGCUCAACACCAUCUACCUGCAACAACUGUCUUGUUUUUUUGUCAUUUGUCCAGAGCAAGGUAACGGCGAUUCUUCGUGAUUAGGAAGCGUGCCGACAUAAAUGGAUACAGGUUCGGAUAUGCCUUGACAGGAUGAAGGUCUACGUAUCCUAUUAGCAAAUGAACACACGGAUCACUGCAGACCUGGAAGCAUGAUCGUACCGUAGUGUCAGCUCGAGGUGUGUGUGUCAACAACGGGACUCGUCAUACACUCAGAGGGAGAUGGGCAAAGUCAGGAUGUUUGGCGUAUACCUUUGUAUGGCAAAGCAGCAGAAAGGGACUCAGAGGUGUGCUUGGCUCCAUUAUAGCUUUUGGUGUGUUGCUUUUCUGCUGGUAUUCGGGACCAUUUGCAUAUCCCACUUCAUCAUUACCUUCACACAGAAAUACAAUCCGCCUGUGGAUGUGAAUUCAUUCUAUGUGGCUUACCCACAUAAAUACAGCUUCCACCUGGACCAGCCCGAGGCUUGCAAGCAACACAACCCAUUUAUGGUGAUCAUCGUUCCGGUGGCACCUCACGAAGUGGAAGCACGUAAUGCCAUAAGAAGCACAUGGGGGAAUGACAGCUUGGUCCAGGAUGGAAAUGUUCUGGUUCUGUUCCUGCUGGGUUUACCGAAUGGGAGUGACUCUGAAAUGCAACAAGUCCGCAUACAGCAGGAGAACCAGCAGCAUAGGGAUCUGCUUCAGAGCGACUUCAUAGACUCCUACAAGAACCUGACUAUUAAAACGAUGGUGAUGCUAGAGUGGUUGAGAGAUCACUGUACCCAGGCGUAUUAUGCCGCCAAAGUGGACUCUGACGUAUUGCUAAACGUUAGCGCCCUGACACAAAUGCUGCUGAGCCCCAUUCGAUAUCCGAGGAACUACAUUACUGGACUGGUGUGGUACGAGAAUGUAGUAAUCAGAGAUCCAUCCAACAAGUUUUACGUCCCUCCUGAGGUGUAUCCCUACCCGGUGUAUCCGGCAUACCCUUUAGGAAUGUGCUACGUCAUUUCCAUGGACCUCCCAGCAAAGAUUCUGCACGUGUCGAGAAACAUUAAACCCAUUUUCAUCGAGGACGCGUAUAUCGGCUUGUGCCUUGAACAGCUCCAAAUUGCUCCCACGAGCCCUCCAAACUCUGCGCAGUUUGUGGUCAAUCCACCUCUAACAUACGACCGCUGCUACUACUCGGACCUCAUUGCUGUGAUAACGGGCAGUCCCGCCCAGCUGAUCUCCAUCUGGAUAGAUCUUCACAAACCAGGCCCAGCCUGCAAAGUGGAGAACCAUACUCUUUUAGAUUAAGAAAUUAUAGUUAAAAAAAAAAGAUAAUUAUCGUGUCUUGUAAUUUAGCAAAAGAGAUCCAUUUCAAAUGUGAAAAAGCACUUGGAUCAUGUUGCACAGCAAACUGUUACACUACGUCAGGCCAAAAUCAGGUUGUCCAUGGUUAACUAGCUAGUUAAACUUCUUAGCUAAUAUUUGUUACAAAAAAAAAUGUAACAUCCAGUUUAUAUAUCAAAAAUAUAUAUUUAAUUACACUUUUGCUUUCUGCAAUUAUGUUGAAACAAGAAAUUAAAUAGAUUGUGUGCAUCUUUUUUAACAUGUAGACGUUACUUUUACUCUGUCCUAUUUUGCAAACACCAUGUUGUAUCCAAAUUAUGACUCAGAUCAUUGCCAUUAUUACAAAUGAUUUGUUAAUGGUUUUGUAUUAAAAAGGCAUAAAAGGCUUGAUUGUUGUUACACAAAAAAAAGUUUGUAAAAAUCAACAACGGGGUGGCGUGAUGCGACCCGACAAGGAGUUGCUAGGUUAUUUACCUCGUGGUCUGAUCUACUGAUCAGAGCUCCUUUUCUAUUUGAAUUCAACAGUGGUGUAGGAUUGUGUUUUGAAAUUUAUCCCUCAGCUCGUUAAUCAAACGGACUCUUUAGAAGGGAUCAUUACGCUACUUAUGCUUGAAAUAAUUACAGUAUUUCCACAAAGUCAAAUAUUUCAAAGUGCAAAUGUUUUACAGAUACAAACCUGUUGAUGCUUGCGUAGUUCUCGGUUCACAGCGGAUUCUUAAAGAACGUUUUGUUGAAAUAAAGCCUGUCUGACUACUACUUCUUCUGACUGACUCAAAUAAGCUUGGUAAUCCUCUCAAACUUCUAAUUUCAGAUGUUUUUCAGAAGGU